AUGAUGAAUAAAGUUUUCAUUAAUCGAUUCUUUCAGAUAAAAUCGUUGGAAAAAUUUGGUUUGCUUGAAAUAUUUGGCAUUAGUAGAUUUUGUUUAGUGACAUUGACAUUAUAUAUUAAAUACAUACUAUGCAUAAUUUUGAAAAACGAUAUAAAAUUUGCCUUUAACUCAAUAUCCAAUGAUUGGGAAACAUUUGCUCAUGAGAAAGAGUUAGAAAUAUUGGAAGAUUACGCCAAAAAACAAAAGCGAAUAAUUCCAUUACUUUCACUAUUAUUUCAAAUAAGCGUGGUUCUUUACGUUACAAUACCAAUAUCUCCAAUCUUUGUGGAUAUCAUCAUACCCCUGAAUAAGUCUCGACAUGUCUCAAUAGACUUGGCACGAUCAUAUAAUGCAGAGAAGGACGAACAUUUUUACCUAAUUGUCAUAUACUACUUUUGUUUUCUGGAGAAUAAUAUAAUUUCAAUAUUACCAGUUGAGUUUACGCACCUUCUCCUGGCAUACCAUUAUUGCGCAUUAUUUGGGAUAAUAAGUUAUCGCAUACAAAGAGCAAUUGAUAAUGAUUCGGAAAAAAAUAUUGCGAAUGUUGAAAUUGAUCGAACUUACAGGAAAAUUUGCGAUGCAAUGGAAACUUAUACACGUAUCGACGUGUGCAAUGUCCUAUUGAAAAAGUUGUCGAUAAUGAAUUGCAUCAUCAAUCUGAUAAUCGCAUUUUCUUUAGCCACUUAUAUGAUAUUAUUUACUACUGCUUAUUUGGAUGACACGACAAACGCAUUUUCAUAUGGUUAUAGUAUUUUGGUACAUUUAUUUUAUGCGUUUAUACAUAACUAUAUCGGUCAAAUCAUCAUGGAUUAUUCAUUGCAUCCAUUCUAUGAAUUGUAUGAUACAAAAUGGUAUAGACAACCGCUCAAAAUACAAAAAUUCGUACUUCAAGGAUUAUUAAGAACUUCGAAACAAUACGUUCAGGGUAUUGGUAGUUUCUAUAUCAUGUCUAUGAGAGGUUUUUUUUCGGUAAGAAAUUAGUUAUGAUAAUUAACUGGUUAUGAUAAUUAUGAUAUCAAUUGGUCAAGCUUUAUCAAAUUUU